AUGCCCACCCUCCUCGGACGUGAAGUCGGCGCCACCGGCUAUGGCACAAUGAGGUUAACCUGGACCCCCACCCCACCCCCUCAAUCCCAAAGCUUCGAAACCCUCAACACGGCUCUCGCCCACGGCGCCAAUUUCUGGAACGCCGGUGAACUUUACGGCACUCCCGAUUUCAACUCCCUGCAUUUGCUCCACGCCUAUUUCUCGCAGUACCCGGAAAAAGCGGACCAGGUGAUCCUGAGUAUCAAGGGCGGUUUGAAGCGAGGACAAUUGCUCCCUGAUGGGUCGGAGGAGAAUAUCCGGCGCUCGGUGGAUGAGUGCCUGAGGGUGCUGGAUGGGAAGAAGAAAGUUGAUAUUUUUGAGUGUGCGAGACAGGAUCCCAAUACGAGUGUUGAGCAGACCGUUUCCAUUCUGGGGAAGCUCGUGGAAGAGGGCAAGAUCGGGGCCGUUGGGUUGAGUGAAGUUGAUGCAGAGACUAUUCGACGGGCCGCUAAAGUCUGUCCCAUCGCGGCCGUCGAAGUCGAAAUGUCCCUCUGGGACACUUCCAUCCUCGAAAACGACAUCGCUAAAACCUGCCAUGAACUCAACAUCCCCAUCGUCGCCUACUCCCCUCUCGGCUGGGGCGCGCUCACCGGUGCCUUCACUAGCAAAGACUCCUUCCCCGAGGGCGACUUCCGUCGCAACCUGCAAAAGUUCCAGGACGAGCACAUGGUGCACAACCUGAAGCUGAUCCAAGAGGUCAAGAGCCUUGCUGAGCGGAAGGGUGUGGCGCCGGUUCAGAUUGCGCUGGCUUGGAUUCUCACACUGAGUGAGAGGGAGGAUAUGCCGACUAUUAUACCGAUUCCGGGCGGUUCUACGAAGGACAAGGUCACGCAGAACCUGAACGGGGUGCCGCGGCUUUCGGAGAGUGAAAUGGCGGAGAUUGAGAGGAUUCUGAAGGAGAACCGGGUUGUCGGGAAGCGGUACUAUUAG